CUCACAGAAACCCAUAUUGGCUGUGAAGUACGUGAUGCCAUUUCAAAGUUCUGGACACGCACCUCAUUGCGUUAAAAAAAAAUGGGUUGUGCAAUCUGUUCCAUUACUUCCUCAACCUACGCCUGGGUGAAGAAGAAGGGCUGAGCAUACGCCGCGUUAUUUUCUGAGAUUUCUAAGUAACCGACAUUAAAUUGACAUUGAACAUGAUGUCGACGAAGGAUACCUGAGGUCACCACAUUUUGAAGACCAAGUGUUGUACUUUUGUCCAUAGACAAAAUAAUUUACUCUGGGGAAAAUGGAAUGUGUUGAUACAUUACAGGUAUCGAGAGUACAAUUCUGCAUCGGAGUCGUUUCGUGAGACUGAACCUGUUAACAAACAAGGCUUUUGAAUUUUCCUUGAAUGUUCCAGAAAACUGUGCUAACUACUGGCUGCCAAAAGACCUUUUCUAGUGGAGAUGAUCCAGUGGGUCUUUGUGCUGGUAGCAUGCCUCUGGACCCAGAUUCAUGUGACCUUAGCCGACCAAGCCUGCCCUUGUGCUCCUCGGAAAGCUGUUGACUUCUCUGUCACCUAUUCACCUCGCUACCAGUUUAAAACGGCUGGACCGAUUCAAAACAUACUGGUCAAUCAUAAGUUGAAGGAGGUUUAUGUGGCCUCACGGAACUUCCUUGAGGCUGUGACUGACGACUUUGUAAAGAAAUGGCAGGUCCAAACUGGUCCAGUGGGAAGCCCUGGAUGUCAGACUUGCAACUGUGGCUUUGAGGUAGACCUUAAGUCAUCUCAGGACACAGACAACCAAGUGCUGGUGCUAGACCCACAACUAUACUACGAUUUCCUAUACACCUGUGGCAGCACCCAGCAUGGAGUUUGCCAUCUCUAUGAACUUUUUGAAGAUGAUAAACCCUCUCCAAUCAAAUGUCUCUUUAAUAAGGAGCACAACUCGCCAUCCUUCUGUCCCUCCUGUAUCGCUAGUCCUCUCGGGACACAAGUCAGCAUUGUUGAAGAUGGACAUACAGUGUUUUUCUUUGUUGCCAGUAGUGUUAACAGCACUGUGGCCAGCCAUUAUGGUCGACGUUCCAUAGCAGUGUAUCGCCCACUGUCAACUGAAGAUGGUUUUGAGGUGACGCUCGGUAACCUGACAGUGCUCCCAAAUCUGCAGGAUUCCUACCCCAUCGAUUAUAUUUACACCUUUAAGGCCAUGAAGCAUGUGUACUUCCUGUCAGUGCAGAGGGAGGACCCGGCCGCCGCGGACUCGCCCUUUCAGACGCGGCUGGGUCGAAUCCCAGACAAGGACAGCGAAGCAUCACUGUACCGCGAGAUCGUUCUGGAGUGCCGCUACGACCCCAAACGGAGGAGGCGGACGAAUAGGAACUACGUGGACAGAGUGUACAAUUCCCUGCAGGCGGCCCACUUCAGCAAGGCCGGAGAGGUGCUGGCUAGGGAGCUGGGGGUCAAGGUUGGGGAGCCCAUCCUGUACGGCGUGUUCGCCAAGACAGAUGCGAAGGGGAGGCCGCUGCGGGAGUCCUCUCUGUGCGCCUUCCCUGUCAGCGUCAUCAACAAGAACAUCGAGGAGGGCAUGGAGGACUGCUGCAAGACCAGUCCCGAACAGCUCUCCAAAGGACUUGGCCAGUACCAGCCUAGCAUGAACUGCCCUCACGAGAAUGCAGAUGAUGGCUGCAAAUUACAACCCACUCUGAUAGCUAAGCCGUUUAGAAGAUCGGACUUGUUUAAUGGACAGCUGAAGGACGUCCUUCUCACCUCCCUGCUGGUGACCACCAUAGGCAAUGUGACUGUAGCUCACAUUGGCACAGAGAACGGGAGACUUCUACAGCUGGUCCUGCUGAGAACAAAUGCCAUCAUUUUUGCCAACUACUCUCUUAGUGAAGGAGAGCCUGUGUCCCGCACCAAUGCCAUCCAGUCGGAUGACUCCCUGCUCUUUGUGGUCGGAAACAAGCUGGUGAGUGUCCCCCCCACCGGUCCAGGCUGCGCUCAUUUCCCCAACUGCCAGCUGUGUUUGGGGGCUCCUCACUUCAUGGGCUGUGGCUGGUGUGGGGACCGCUGUGCCCUGGAGAGCCAGUGCAACAACAGUGCCGCCCAGUGGAGAAACCACACGUGUCCACCAAUCAUCACAGAGUUUUUCCCCAGGACUGCGACCUGUGAUGGCAGGGCUGAGCUGACUCUGUGCGGCUGGGAGUUUCAGUCUCCCCUCAGGCCCCUGAUCAACCCCACGACGCACCAGGUGUGGGUGGGCAAAACACCCUGCACAGUACAGCCGCAGAAGAGCAACAGCACCCAACUGGUGUGCCAGAUUGGUGGGGAGGUGGCGGAGGUGGACAAGCCUGUGUCCAUCACACUGAAGGUGGAUGAAGGGGAAGUGGAAGGACAGUACUCUAUCCAAGGCCAGGCUCAUAUAGAUGGCUUCACCUUUGUGGUGCCAGAGAUCACAGACAUUACCCCCAGCCAUGGGCCUCAGAUAGGGGGCACAUUGGUCUCCGUCUCAGGUCCCCAUCUUGACACUGGGAAGACAAGACAGAUCUAUUUGGGUGGAAAAAUCUGCUCCAUCAAGAGUGUGAGCAUCUCCCCCAAUGGGACAAUGUCUUCUGUCGUCUGCCUAUCUGGCGGUGCAUCACAGCUGGGAGCGGUGCCGAUAAAGAUGAUUAUCGACAAGUCACAGGUUACUACAGCAAAGAAGUUCAGCUACAAGGAGAACCCAGUGGUGACAAAGGUGUUGCCAGCCUGUGGCUUUGACAGAGGAUCCAACAUCACACUCAUUGGCAAGAACCUGGACUCUGUUGUGGGUUCAAUUGUCCGAUUCAAACCAAAUAAUUCACCAAGUACUUCCUCUCAGUGCACACACACAGGGAACCCCACGGAGGUGCAGUGUCUGUCACCUGUGUGUGUGGAGUCAGAUGGAGAGCUGUUAGUUGACAUGGACGGAGCCAAGGACCUCCUCCGAGAGCGCUUCUCCUGCCACCCCUACGGCCGUCCCAUCCCUAUCGAGCAGGAGGACCACCUACUUAAGCUGAGCUCAGGCCAGGAUGAAGUCUCGCUGCAUCAUGAGAAGCUGAAUGUUGUUCGCUCAUGCAUGAACAUCACGAUGACACUGGGUGGGGUGGACUGCCAUGCCCAGGUCCUGGAGAAUGAGAUCACCUGUAGGAUCCCAAAAGACCUCAUCAUUCCUGCCGAGGGAAUUCCUGUUAAGAUAUCAGUGAACGGCUGGGUUCAUGAAGUGGGGUGGGUGGCGUAUGUGCGGAACGAAGCGGUUGCUGCUAUUGUGUGUGGCAUCAUCAUAGCCCUGCUAGUGGGGGCAGCAGUGGCCUUCCUCAUCAUGCACACCUUAAGGAAAAAGAAGAAACAGGCUGCCAUUGAACGCCGUUUAUCCCGCUACUCCAGUCGAGGUGGUGCAUCAGCUCCCGACUCAAUGCUAAUGGGGGAUUAUAGACGAGAUCUAUCUCAUAGCCCCACGUCCGGUACCCCUGCCCCCCUGGUGUUCAAUGGCCUGGCGUACGCCAGUGCCUUCAACACUUCCUCCCUGCCACUGCUCUCGCCGGACACUGUCUCUGUGAAGGUGAAGGAUGACCUUCUGGAAGAGGUGAAGGAUGUCUUGAUCCCCGCUGAGAAGCUCAUCGUUCAUUAUGGCCAGGUCAUCGGAAAGGGUCACUUUGGAACUGUGUGCCAUGGCUACCUAAAGGAUGAUCAUGAUCAAGAGAUCCACUGUGCUGUGAAAUCAUUGACCAGAAUAACAGACCUGGAGGAGGUGGAGCAGUUCCUGCGUGAGGGCAUCAUCAUGAGGGCUUUCCACCACCAGCACGUGCUCAAUCUGCUGGGCAUCCUCCUGCCGGAGGAAGGGCUCCCCCUGGUUGUGCUGCCCUACAUGAAACAUGGCGACUUGCGCCACUUUAUACGCAGUAAUCAGCGGAACCCUACCGUGAAGGACCUGAUUGGCUUUGGCCUGCAGGUUGCCAAGGGGAUGGAGUACCUGGCGCAGAAAAAGUUUGUGCACCGGGAUUUGGCAGCACGCAACUGCAUGCUGGAUGAAUCGUUCACAGUGAAGGUGGCCGACUUUGGCAUGGCACGAGACGUGUUCGACAAGGAGUACUACAGCAUCCAGGACCAUAAGAAGGCCAAGCUGCCCGUCAAAUGGAUGGCCCUGGAGAGUCUACAGACGCAGAAGUUCACGACUAAAUCUGACGUGUGGUCAUUUGGAGUGUUGAUGUGGGAGCUACUGACCAGAGGAGCAAGCCCCUACCCGGACGUGGAUCCCUAUGACAUCACCCACUACCUGCUGAAAGGCCGCAGACUGCCUCAGCCUCAGUACUGUCCUGAUGCACUGUUCUCGGUGACGCUGCAGUGCUGGGCCCCUGAGCCAGAGUCGCGGCCCAACUUCCACGCCCUGGUGCAGGUGGUGCAAGAGAUCCUGUCAUGCCUCGAGGGCGAGCACUACAUCGGCCUCAGGCCCAUCUACGUCAACCUGGACCAGCCGCGACCCUACCCCGCACUCACCUCCUCCAGCUCUGCGGACACCCUGGACAACCUCUCAGAUGGACACACCUCUACAUGACCCCAAGCCCAGCCCAGCCCAGGCAGGGUAAGGGGCAGGCGGCAGAGACAGAGCCGAGAGACCAGCCACAGAGGUGGCAUGAUCUGUAAGGGACACUUAACUGUGACACCUGGACACUAGGGUCAGUGGAGGCAUAGGGGCUAAGAAACUGGGCUAGGAAGCAGUAGCCAGAAAAGUUAAAGGUUCAAUUCCCAGCUUCCACUGUUGGGCCCUUGAGCAAGGCAUUUAACCCUGAGUUGUUCUGGUGAAACUGGGCCUUGAAAGAAUUGAUGUAUGUUAGUCACGUUGGAUAAAAAUGUCAGCAGUAUGAAUAAAUAGGUAAGGAAGAAAUGGCUGUGGCCUCACACAACUGCCCUGUCUGAGAUCGAGGCGAGAUCGAGUUCUUUCUUCAGCGAGACAAGGACAACAGAGAGCUGUGCAAUGUGCAAAGGCCACUACUGCAGUAUGUUGACAAACACUUCAGCAAUGGAACUUGAAUAUGAACAAUGUUUUGAGUGACAUCUGUCGAGUCUUGGUCUGCUGAUCUCCCCUAAAAGCUUGUUGACACUGAGUUUGUUUUUUUCUCUCAAAAUCCUUUGUGAGUAAUUUCUAGCUGUAAGUGAAAGAGGCUUUUAUAUAUAUAUAUAUAUAUAUAUAUA